GUAAAUUCUGUCGACCGCAAAUCUUUCGAUAUCGCGAACUCCGAAUCACGGGGAGCAAUUCACAACCAACACGGCACCAAUGGCUCUCUGCGAACCGUCAAUGCAAUUUUCCAGGGUGCUCCCCAGAGCCCUUGUAUUUAUACCCAGCUCCCGGACGCCAUCAUGCCGUCGCAAUGUGUCAUCUGCCGCCCUGCCCGAAACUAUCACAGAUGAUCUCGACACAAACUCAAGCUUCUCUCGAUCUUCUUCCCUAGCAGAAGACGAAAUCAAAGCCUUUGAUCCUGUAGCAAGAAGCAAAGCACGCAAGAAGCCAUUACCUCCUAGUCGCUACCAAUUCCGCCCUCCAAAAUAUGACCGCGGCCCUCUCCAUCCCCAUCGUCCACCUCCAGCCUGGGACCCCGCAUCCCGUGAAUUCAUCCCUGGCCCUUUUACCCUCCCCCGAGUCGAACAAACCUAUGAAUCUACCAUAUCCCACGAUAUCCUCACACUCUGCUACGUACAUAACCCGCCCGGAUUUCGGCCACCCCCAGUCCCACGGCGCCUUCGCGGCUGGGACGACAGUUCCCCGUAUCAUGCCAACCGACCACUCCGUGGACCACGAGGAGGCGACGUCCUCCGCCUUCUCCGCAAGCCCAUAACGUUCCGCAACAUUCCAAAACUCGACAAGAUCACAAUUCACAGCUAUGUGAAUCAAGUUAUAGACAAGGGUUCCGCGCCGUUGCAUGUGGCUGGUAUGGCUAUACAGGCCAUAUCUAAUGUUCGUGUGCAGACGCAUAAGAUGAAGGGUAACGUUGCCAAGUGGGGAGUUGUGCCUGGUAAAUCAUACAUUUCCGUUACGGCCGAGCUGAAGGGCGAGGACAUGUAUCAUUUCUUUGGAAAGUUGGUGGACGUGGUGAUGCCGAGGAUUAAGGAUUGGAAAGGUGUCAAGGGGAGCAGUGGUGAUAGCAGCGGAAACAUUGCGUUUGGCCUUGAACCGGACAUGGUGGCUCUGUUCCCGGAGAUCGAGGUGAAUUACGAUAUGUACCCACCAGCCAUGAUACCCGGUUGCCACAUAACCAUUCACACGACUGCAAAAACAGACAAGGACGCCCGACUCCUCCUCAACGCAAUGGGCAUUCCAUUCUAUGGUAAAUAUGUAGAUUAGAAGCUGAUUAGAGUGAAUGGGAGCGCACUCGGAGGGAAUGCUGGCGUUUGUUUGUUUGUGGUUACUUUAUCUACAAUAUUCCUUUUAUUUAGACCGUUGUUCCCUCCUGUGACAUGUACUUUUAUAAAUAUGAUGCCCUUCGUGUUUGUUUGUUGACCAUUCUCUACAUUUUAUUAUUAUCCACCACAUAUGCCAUGCACGAUCUUAGGGUGCUCGUUUUCGAAAGUAAUGACUUGUUCAAUAGCUUUUCUUUACUUAGGCGGGGACUUCCUAACGAGGUUUAGUUAUUCCAUCCAUAUUUGGCAUAACUGCAAAUUACGAAAAUGGAAAAAGAACAGGACUUCAUAUUCGAAUAACCAAUGUAUAUAUAAAUAACAGGAUUGAAGUAAACAGAAACUUGACAAGGUCUCUGCUAGUUUCAUCGCUCUCAUUACUAUCAUCAGCGGCAAAAAUGUAUGCAACCUUCUAAUCAAUUACGCAAGGAACGACACGCUCCCCUUCUCGAACCCAGUCCCGAUGCAGAUGAAUGGAAAUGAGAAGCGAAGAAAUAAAUUGGAAAUACCAGAAAGAAAAAGUGCCGCUUAAUGUUAACUUCAGUAGCAUAAAGAGCAAAGGAGCAGAAGGGGGAAAAAAUGCAUCCAAAAAUUUUUUUCUGUGGUGAAAAUGACGGUCAAUGUUGCUUGGGAGGGAGAUUGAAUGCAGAGAACAAUAUACAUUAAAGCAAACAGGCUAGGACCAGCUAGAGUGAAUGGAGUGGACAGAAAGAGCAUGCAUGGGUGGUAUCGAUGAUAGAGAAGCAGGGGGUCAUUUAUAUGGGCGGAACAGAGAAUUUUUCAUAAACCCCAUCCAAUCAGUAGCAUCAAUUGCUCCGACUAGGAGCGAGAAUCGUUCCAAAAUGUGAGAGAAAACCGGAAAGAAUACGGAAACGACAAUAGAACCAAG